UCAAUAUACUACCUAUCUACACUCAACGAAUAUACUUGGCAGACGAUUGCGUGUAAUUCGAAAACGAAUGUCCCCAAUCAUUUGGAAAUCAUUUGGACGAAUUUGGAAGAUUAUUUUCACCUCAAGUACUACAAUUCAGUGGGACCACGUGGCGAUUGUGGCGCUAUGUAAACAAACAUUUGUUUCGGAACUAACGAACAGCUGCGGACAGUAGCAGACAGCAGUGGCGUUGUCAACCAUUGUCAACGACAGCAAGUGCAGCAAGCCAUUUGAGAAUGGCCAUGGGUCGAGAUUGCUUACAACAGUUUAGAGCUCUUAUUCAAUGGAACCAGUAAUAUUGAAUGAAAUUUGAAAGGCAUGAAUAUUAAUAUCAUAUCUCAAGGAUAGCCCCAUCUGAUGAAGGAUUGAAGAUUACACAGCAUGAUGCAAUCACUAAGGAAACUCAGGAUAUCCUUUUUUCUACGCCCAAUUCUCAGUGCAAAUGAGUUUUUAGUACCACACAAUCUAGCACAGAAAUUAGAACCUCAUGCGACACAUAAAAUUAUAAGAAGAACAUUUCAAAGUACAUGUUGCUUUCAUGCUGACCACACUGUGGCGCUGCGACACAGAAAACCAAGGUCUCGAGGAAACACUAACCAAUAUUUUGUUGAUACUAAAGAAGUACGAGUUACUGCUGGCAAAGGAGGUGAUGGAUCUAUCUCGUUUUUGCAUCUUUGGGCUAAUGAAAAUGCUGGUCCAGACGGUGGAGAUGGAGGAAGCGGUGGUCACGUUAUUUUUCAGUUGACUUCCCAGGCUUCAAAAGAUGUUAAAGACUUAAACCACGUGACCACGGUUCUUACUGCUUUAAAUGGAGGGGAUGGCAUGAACAAAGAUUGCUUUGGAAAGAAUGCGGAACACCUAAUAAUCCAAGUUCCUGUUGGAACAAUUGUGCGUGCUCCAGAUGGAAGAAUUGUUGCUGACCUAAUGAAUUCUGGGGUAAUGUUUAUAGCAGCCAGAGGCGGUGCCGGAGGACACGGCAACGCGUUUUUCAAAUCCGAUACGGAACAGGCACCUAAAAUAUGCGAAUAUGGAGCAGAGGGUGAAACCAAACAGUACUUUCUGGAACUGCGCAGCAUGGCAAAUAUUGGGCUGAUUGGUUUACCAAAUGCUGGAAAAAGUACCCUUCUCAGAGCUAUUUCCAGAGCCAGACCAAAAAUUGCACCUUAUCCGUUUACGACGUUAAAGCCUCACUUGGGGAUGGUUCAGUACAGCGAUUACGAACAAAUCGCAGUUGCAGAUUUACCUGGACUCAUACCGGAGUCGCACAAAAAUAAAGGACUAGGAAUAACUUUCUUGAAACAUGCCGAGCGUUGUGCUGCCUUGUUAAUCGUUUUAGAUAUGUCAUUGGACAAGCCCUGGGCAGAUCUGGAACUUCUGAAAUAUGAAAUCCAACAAUUCAACAAGGAAUUAAGCGAGAAACCUGCUAUUGUCAUAGCUAACAAAAUGGAUCUACCAGAGGCUGAGCAAAAUUUAGGCAUACUGACAUCAAAGACGGAUCUCCCAAUUGUUCCAAUAUCUGCCAAAAUGGGACAAAAUCUUUCAACACUAUUGUCAGAAAUAAGGACACUGUACAAUAGUCAACUAGGAAAAGAUUAUUACGGUGCCGACUUAGACAUACCAGAUAGAGAUGAGCCAACCUAAAUGCAUCAAAAAUUUAUUUCGAGAGUUUACAUUACAGGUUUGAAAAUCUGUGGAACAUCGAUAACGAAAGAGCAUUCUUAUCAACCUCUAUUUUCCACAAAUAUGAUAGAUCAGUCAAAUAUAGAUUGAUGAAUAAUAUUACAAUUACAAAGAUCAUGACUCUCCUUUAAUUCAUAAAAAUAAGAAGUUUCGUAUCAAAGAUUUCUGAAUGUUAAAAAGUCUUGUGAUGGGAUAAGUCUGAGUUCAUUUAAAAAAUACAGACAAAAACUAGCUAUAUGCGUGA